AGCCUAUCAGAGCCUCUAGAUGGACUGCCAGUCACAAUGGGGCGGGCACUUCCGGUCCGCCAUGCUACAGGCGAGGCUGCUCUGGUCUGAGGGACACGCUGAAUUGCGCUGUGACCCGCUGCCUUGAGCUGUGAGGAGAGCGGGCCGAGCCCGGAACCCGCCAUGGAUGCAGUGACCUAUGAGGAUGUGCAUGUGAACUUCACUCACGAAGAGUGGGCUUUGCUGGAUCCUUCCCAGAAGAGUCUCUACAAAGAUGUGAUGCUGGAAACCUGUGAGAACCUCAUUUCUAUAGGCUACAAGUGGGAAGAUCCAAAUAUUGAAGAACAUUGUCAAAGUUCUAGAAGACAUGGAAGGUAUAUGAUCUGCCACUCUGGAUACAAGCCAUGUGAUCCUAAGGGGUAUGGAAAGAAGCAAUGUUCCCCCGUGUCUCCCAGAAAAAAUAGGAAAUAUAUAGUUGUUCCCACUGCGAGAAGACAUAGUGAUUGUGAUACAAGUGUAGAAUUAAUUGAAUUUCCAACUUCACUGGGAAUACAUGAACAAACUGACAUUGGAAAAGAGAUUUGUGAGUACAAUGAGUAUGGAAACCCUUCUGUCUGUCCUGGUUCAUGUUGCACAUGUAAUGUGACUCACACUACAGGGAAAUGUUAUGAAUGCAACCAGUGUGGUAAAGCUCUGAGUUCUUCCAAUUCUCUUCAAAGAUGUGAAAAACCUCAUGUGGGAAAAGGAUGCUGUAAAUGUGAGCCACGUACUAAAGGCUUAAACCAACACAGGUAUCUUCAAACACACAGAAGAUCCCAUAGUGAAGAGGAAUGUAAACACCACGACAAAACAUUUAGCUCUGAUUCCUCUUUAAACUUACACCAAAGAACUCAAUUGAAAAUGAAGCCCUAUGAAUAUAGUCAAGGUGAUAAAGAUUAUACAUGUCACAGUUAUCUUCAAGUGCCCAAAAUUCACACUGGAAAAAAACCAUAUGAAUGUCAUCAAUGUGGAAAAGCCUUUGCACGUCCCAGUGAACGUAAAAUACAUGAAAGAAGUCAUACUGGAGAGAAACCCUAUGAAUGUAGUCAAUGUGGUAAAACCUUUGCAUAUCCCAGUAGUCUUCAAAGGCAUGAAAGAAAUCAUACUGUUGAGAAACCCUUUGAAUGUCACCAGUGUGGUAAAGCCUUUGUACAUAACAGUCUUCUUCAAAGGCAUGAAAGAAGUCAUUCUGGAGGGAAACGUUAUGAGUGUAGUCAAUGUGGUAAAGUUUUUGCACAUAAUAGUCAUCUUCAAAGGCAUGAAAGAAGUCAUACUGGAGAGAGACCCUAUGAAUGUAAUCAAUGUGGUAUAGCCUUUUCAUCUCGCAGUAAUCUUCUCAGUCAUGAAAGAAGUCAUGCUGGUGUGAAACCCUAUGGAUGCAAUCAAUGUGGUAAAGCUUUUGCUCGUAAGAGUCAUCUUCAAUAUCAUGAAAGAAUACAUACUAGAGAAAAGUCCCAUGAACCUCAUAAAAGAGGUAAAGCUUUGCACAGGAAGCAAAGACACCAUCGUUUUGGGGGUACUGGUACCAUGGGGUGUCCACCAAAACCAUCAGCAGUGGUGAAGUGGAACCAGCCAGAGCCUAGACAAGAAGUUGUGUGUACUGCAGAGGCCAGUGCUAGUGAAGUGACUCAAGCCCUUUGGAGAAGCCCUGAAGAUUGUGAAUGGCUCCCAGUCAUUAGUAGUAGAGUCAUUUAUACUGUUGGAGUUUGUUUUUCUUUUUUUCAAAAUGUGUCUACCCUCAUUCUUCCCUCUUGAAGGGAGAAGGUAUUUAAUUUAAUUUUGAUUUUUAAAAAAGCCAUAAUUAAAAGACUGAACUUUUAAAAGAGAUUUUGGAUUUUUAGUGAGAUCGGAUAUUUUUAAAGAAAAAUUUUCAUGUGUUUAAACUUGUAAAGAUUAUAGGACUUUUAUUAAAGUCAUUUAUGUUUUUAAUAUGAAAUUCUGGGAAUGAAUAAGAAAGGGAAGGUUGUGGCUUGAUACUGAUAUGUUUAUGUGUCAAGUUGACAAGUGGUCAGUUGUACUAGCUCUUAUGUCAACUUCACACACAAACUAGAGCUGUCUGAAAGGAGGGAAACCCAGUUGAUAAAAUGCCUCCAUAAGAUCCAUAAGGCAUUUUCUUAAUUGGUGGUUCAUAGGGAAGAGUCCUGGGAUCUAUAAGAAAGCAGGCUGAGAAAGCCACGGUGAGCAAGUCAGUAAGUAGUAUUCCUCCAUUGCUCAUCAGCUCCUGCUUCCUGGUUCCUUGCCCUGACUUCCUUCAAUGAUGAACAGUAAUAUGGAAGUAUAGGCCAGAUAAACCUUUCCUCCCAAUCUUGCUUUUUCCUCAUGGUGCUUCAUUGUUGAAAUUUUAACUAAGAUGUCCUGUCUCAACCCCCCACCUCCCAAAAUGGGUUGUGAAUAGACUGCUCAACAAUUAAACACACUGGCUGUUCUUCCAGAUGACAGAGUUUUAAUUCCCAGCAUCCAUGUGAAAGUUCAUGACAGUAAGUCCUUUUUCCAGGGUGUCAAACACACUCACACAGACAUGCACGCAAACAAAAUACCUAUGCAUGUAAAUAAAACUUUUUAAAAAGAAGAAUAUGUCACAUGAUGGAACUUUCCCUAAUAUAACCUGGACUCAUCUCUACUCAGGUAAUUAUUUUGUUGUCUUCAUUCUUAUGAAGAAAAUCGUGUUAACAAUUACAAUAAGAAGCAAUGUGCAGAGUCUAUUCACAGAGGGAUAGAAAUCAUACAAUCCUUCAAUGAGCAAAUAGGGAAUUUCAUCACCUCCAAGUGAUAAGAUAGAAACAGUAAUGGUACAUAUUCAUCUUCUACAAUGUAAUGACAUUUGGGAGUUGGGGAAUUGUCUCAAUAGUGCUGCUGCUGUUGGGUACCUACAUUUGAUUUCUAGCAUCAACAUCAGAUAGCUCAGAACUACUUCUAAUGCCUUGUCCUGGAUAUUUGAUGCUUCCUCGGGCACCAGGUAUACGAAUGGUUCAAAGACAGAUAUUUAUGUAUUUUGUUUAUGUGUAUGCUCCAUAUUUUUAAAAGACCUUCAUUUAUAUAUUUUGUUUUUUCCUAAAACUAAAAUAAAAUUAGAUGUAUUGUUGGAACAUGGUUCCAGAAAGGGGUCAUUAAAGACCUCCUUAUGGUAACAGUCCAAAAGACAAGAGUCUUCAAAACUUGAAAUUCUUCUUAGAUUGUAUUUUUGUGCUCCUCCCAGGUGUAGCAGAUAGAUGUGAGUUGAUUUCAGAUUACACAUUAUUGCUUGCUGUUGUUAUUCAUUAAAUGCUUAAACUAUUUAUAUGCCUCUAUGGAAAAACAUGUUUGUGCCAUGUGACUUGUUUUUAAUCAUUGUAUACAGCUUGAAGUCAUGAGACCUUUCUUCCUCAUGUGACCUUUCUUAACCUGCAGAAUAUAAAUUGUCUUGGGCUCUGAAUAAAGUUGGCUGUUGUAUCAG